GGGAGGGCCUGGCCCCUGGGAGGGUGUGGGUGCCAACGGCUGAGACUGGGUAUAAGGCACCACCAUCCCAGCUGCCCCCUGCUGUUCCCAUCAUGCCAGCACUCAGAUUCCUGGCCCUGCUGGCCAGCCUGCUGGCAACCUCCAGGGUUGGCUUGGCCACCCUGGCAGACAUCGUGGGCGGCAGGAGGGCCCAGCCGCAGGAGUUCCCGUUUCUGGCCUCCAUUCAGAAACAAGGGAGGCCCUUUUGCGCCGGCGCCCUGAUCCAUCCCCGCUUCGUCCUGACAGCGGCCAGCUGCUUCCGUGGCAAGAACAGUGGAAGUGCCUCUGUGGUGCUGGGGGCCUAUGACCUGAGGCAGCAGGAGCAGUCCCGGCAGACAUUCUCCAUCAGGAGCAUCAGCCAGAACGGCUAUGACCCCCGGCAGAAUCUGAACGAUGUGCUGCUGCUGCAGCUGGACCGUGAGGCCAGACUCACCCCCAGUGUGGCCCUGGUACCACUGCCCCCGCAGAACGCCACAGUGGAAGCUGGCACCAACUGCCAAGUUGCGGGCUGGGGGACCCAGCGGCUUAGGAGGCUUUUCUCCCGCUUCCCAAGGGUGCUCAAUGUCACCGUGACCUCAAACCCGUGUCUCCCCAGAGACAUGUGCAUUGGUGUCUUCAGCCGCAGGGGCCGCAUCAGCCAGGGAGACAGAGGCACCCCCCUCGUCUGCAACGGCCUGGCGCAGGGCGUGGCCUCCUUCCUCCGGAGGCGUUUCCGCAGGAGCUCCAGCUUCUUCACCCGCGUGGCGCUCUUUAGAAACUGGAUUGAUUCAAUUCUCAACAACCCGCCGGCCUGAAGGGUCCCCUCGCCGAGCCCGUGGGAGGGGGGCCUGUUAGCCCCCUGGAGCCCUGCCCCCACCGCCACACCUCCCGCGCUGCGUGUCCCAUCCCAAAGCCCCAUCCUGGACCGCUCUGUCGAGGCUCUAAUAAAGAAGCUGUUCCCAUUC